ACUGUCUGAGGAUAAAUGAACUUAGAUCAGUUUGAACAUAGCUCUCGUCCUUCAACAACUAAUUGAAGGAUUUUGUGCGAUUAAAAGUCACAUUUAGAAAACAGCGCGUUUAGUGGGUUUUGGAGGUCUAGGAGACAAACAACUCAGUGAAGGGCCUCUCAUGCUGACUGGAAGAGCCUGCAGAUUUCUCAGCUCUUUUGAUGUUGUCAGAUCCUUGGCCUGUCUAUCUACCAGUCCCAGAAACAUGGCCAAGAGCAAGUUUGAAUAUGUUCGCAACUUUGAAACAGAUGACACUUGUCUACGAAACUGCUACAUUGUUGUGAGACUUGAUGGGCGUAACUUUCACAAGUUUGCAGAGCAGCAUAAAUUCACAAAGCCCAAUGAUAACAGAGCACUGGGCCUAAUGGCCAGGAGUGCUCGCUCUGUCAUGGAAGAACUGGAGGACAUCGCCAUCGCUUAUGGUCAGAGCGAUGAGUUCAGCUUUGUUUUCAGAAGGACAUCUACCUGGUUUAAAAGGAGAGCCAGUAAGCUCAUGACUCACGUGGCCUCCCAGUUCUCCUCCUCAUACGUGUUUUACUGGAAGGAGUAUUUUGAGGAGCAGCCCCUUUUGUACCCUCCGAGUUUUGAUGGACGUGUGGUCUUGUAUCCGACAAACCGGAACCUCAGAGACUACCUCAGCUGGAGGCAAGCAGAUUGUCACAUAAAUAAUUUGUACAACACAGUGUUUUGGACAUUAGUGCAGAAAGGAGGACUCACCACUGCCCAGGCAGAAGACCGCUUAAAGGGCACAAUGGCUGCUGACAAAAAUGAGAUCCUGUUCUCUGAGUUUGACAUCAACUACAACAAUGAAUCUGUCCUGCACAGGAAAGGCACCACGCUCAUCUGGGAGAAGCGAGAUGAAACUGUCAUCAAACGUAUGAAGCUACCAAAUGAAGAGGAGAAAGAAGUGCCUGUGACCCGCAGCAGGAGGAGCGUGCAGAGUCACCACUGUGACAUUAUAGGAGAUCAGUUCUGGGAGGAACACACAGACAUCCUGGAGGACGACAACUGAUAACAAGUCCUGUUUUGUCUUAGAAAGUACUGUACCAAGUCGAGACAGACUUACUGAAUUGGACCACGGGCUGAACUGAUAAUGCCGACUGUGUGUCAAACAACAUGCCACCUAUGAAUCUCCGUGUGCUUAAAGCAUUUUCUGAGACUGAAGUCUUUGAUGACUGACUUUGUAGUAUAGCUUUCUCACAUCUGGAACAAAUGCUGACUUUCAUGUUUAAACUUCCGUCACAGUUUACACGCAGACGCUUUGCUGCUAGAACUCCAUGAAGGCGUGUGUCAUGUUCAAAGGAAAGCAGAUGAUUUCAUAACCGUAAAGCAGAGAAUGUUGUGCGGAUGCACAGCAGUUUACACUGAACAAUAUUAGCCUCACAGACAUCUGCAUACCCCUCACUCACCUUCCCUGGUUCAUGCUCUCCUAAAGUUACUUUUCCAAAAAUAUAACCUCAUAUGAGGUUGUGAAUGGCAUUUAGACUACUACGAGUAUUUGAUAUGUCAGUGCGUCCAACAUGAAUGCAUCUGGCUCACAAUUUUGUAAGGAUUUUAAGCCUUCCUUUUUAAUAAGCUUCCUAUGAAUUUUUAAUGCUAUCUAUCAGCAUCUUGUUCAGUAUCACGUUCAAUCUGUAGUAAUAAAAAGGGUGUGUCUGAGGUGAAAAUGAGCAGAGUAAGCCAGAAACCAAUACCUUGGCAGUACGUGUGGCCUUGUCUUGCAGCCAGGAGGCCAUUUAGAGAUGUGAAUGGAUGCAGUGGGCUGCAGUGUCAUCAGUGCUAAUAAUACCUCACACACCCCGCGUACACUCUAUCCCCCUGACAUGUGCUCUGUGGAAUAUUUAUCAUCACACUUAUAAAUGACCCGCUAAGCAUGAAUGGCUGCUGGAGGUUUGAAGUGGCAGGAGCUUACUGUAUUUUGAUACUGUAGUAAGCUCAGUAACUGUUGGGGUAUUAAGGCCUUAUUUUUGGUUUAGUGACCUUGUUCGAAGAAUGUAGCUUGUGUACUGUACUUUAUGUCACCGGGGCUCACCUGUUUGCUUUUGGGAUCAAAUUCUUUUGUCUUCUUUAUUACACACCUUUUUAUAAACAACUAUAAAAUAUCUCUUGUGAUCUUUGAUGUUAACCUACUUGGACUAUCGCCAGAGUCAACACAUACAGUGACUUAACAUAUGUCCCUAUAGUAUUAAAAACCUGAGCAUGCUGGGGCAAGUGGUGCAGUUAUUUAAAGACAAGGUGUU